AUGCAAUUAAAACCAUGUUUUAAAAUCAAAUAUGACAAAGAUGGAUUUCAAACAAUUGAAUCUUGGCAAGUAUUCGGAUUACAACUUAAGUGUGUAGAACAAACUAGAGAUUAUCGCCAUAGAUCUAAUGUUCUUCAACCUCUUGAAACUCUUGAAACAACACAUUUAAAUCAUAAGGAUCCAAUACAAAUAAAAUCACUUACUUUGUCAGUAAAUGAUCAAAAUUGGAUAAUUGAUUAUUCAAAAGAUGAAUUAUCAGAAAAAAUAAAAAGACAAGCAUAUGUUCAUGCAAUAGAUUAUAAUUAUAUUUCAUGA